UGCAGUUCGAAUCCAUUUCGCUCUGAUUCCCACAUGCAGUUGAGGUGGACGUAAGUAAAUCAAUCGAAGAUAUGGCGGAAUCCAAUGAAUAUUUUGAAGAAAAAUUUAUUUCAGAAGUAAAAAAGAGACCUCUCCUCUACACUGUAAAAACAAAAUCUUACAAAGAUUCCAUAAUAAAAAAUAAUCUAUGGCUUGAAAUUGCGGAAGAACUUGGAGUUGAAGUGGAAAUGCUAAAAAAGAAAUGGAAAACCAUCCGUGACUAUUAUACGAGAAUUAAAAGAAAACUGCCAACUGGUUCAGCUGCGAAAAGAAAGUGCACUACUGAACUUCAACGACUGGAUUCUUUAAGGUUUUUAGAUGGAACCUAUUUGUUAACUAAUGAGACAAUCUCUAAUGUUGAAGAUAGCUCAUUUGUAGAGGAAUCGCAGGCUGAUGAAGAAAUUCGCAAGGCUGCGGCAAAAACAAAGGCAUUACACUUUUUAUGGUGCUUUCCAGAACCUCUUCAAUAA